CAUUAUAAGACGAUAGACGACAGCUGCCCAAAACAAAGGGAACUACCUCCUGAUUACAAACCAGACUAUAGAGCAAUCGCGAGGAAAUCGAGAACCUACCGCGCACCUGGAAGACUGUUUUAUGGUUUUGGCCUUAACUUCCAGGACGUCGUCGAUUACGCCGACAAGUAUUCACUCAUUGAUCCCUCUGUCGACUCAGAUGGCGGCGGAGCGAGAUACGCUUGUGCGAGAUGCGUCGGUUUAGACCACUUGAGGGAUCUUUGCAGGUUUCAGGACCUUAAGAUUGGUCUGCCAAUCUCUCCCGAAUAUCAGAUCGUGCUCGCGAUGUACGAUAACUAUACGAUCGACGAGUUCGAGUUGGAGACAGAUCAGGAAGAGGAUGUCAUUCGUAUCCUGAAGGAGGAGAUUCCGGUUUUCAGGACGCAGAAUCCGAGGUGGUUCUUUGAUCGUAUGGAUAGGAAGAACGAUGCUUGAUUAGGCUCACAGUCCCAUGGUCAUGGCCUCGCCGUCCCUGACCUUGCCCACUUUUCUCUACCUCCGUCUCGCUCUGCACUUAAGUUUACUCGACCUCGCUUUGCACUUGCUCUUGUAUCCCGGUGAUUGUCUGUUUUGCUGCGUACCAUUUGUAUAUCAUUCUCGGUUUCUCCGAUUUUCUUCAACCAGGAUUAUAUUGAUCUUGUGACUACCAUAUUGUUUCGAAGAUUAUUAUGCUCGACCGGCCUCCAAGUCUAACCCUCGCCGCGAGUGUCAGAGCACGGUCGACGUACGUUCAUAAAACACUUUGGUUGUGCGGUCCCCAUGUUCUCCUUUCCAUCCGUGACACUUCCCAGAGCGCUUAGCCACACAACGAAUUUUGAAGGCUUUGACACCUGGCUGAAGGGGUGGGCCUCACGUCAAUUUCAUUUUGCUGUAGGACUUUUGUGCGUCCCUAGCUAGUGUAGAGAGUUUGAUUUAGUCCCAAUUGAAUUGC